CAGAAGGCAGAAGUUUAGUCAUAGAAAAAAUAAUGCAUCGUUUGUCGUUGUCGGCUUUACAAUUUUAAUAAUAAUAUUCAUAUAACCACUAAUAUCCUUUUUUGAAAAUUUGCAUUACAUAAAAGCUGCUGUGUAUCGAAGACAUCGAUACUUUGACGACUGUUUUAUAUGAGUUACUUUGUUCAAUUAUAGCAUGACUUUCUAGAAUAAGUUGAAAAUUUUUCACACAAGAUGAUGCCAUUUGGUCCUAAGAAGGACGGAGGUCCUAAUGUGAAAUAUUUUGAAUCUCCAGAAACGCUGACUUCUUUAGAGACAGUAAAACAAUGGCUGCAGAAGAAUGCCAAGAAGUAUAUUCAACCAGAUCCCCCAACAAACAAAUCGUUAUCAACAUUGAUAAUUCAAUUGUUACAAUUCCAAGAAGAUUCACUGGGUAAAAAUGUACAAAAACCUAUCAUGACAAGGAUACCAGUAAAAUUUUUUAUGGACUUUAAACCAGGUGGUGCACUCUGUCAAAUUCUUCUAGCUGCUUAUAAAUUCAAAAGUGAACAUAAUUGGAAGAGGUUCGAAUUACCAUCUGGAAAGAGUAAUGCUAAAGUUGAUAGAACAUUUGAAAUGUUUCAAAGUAUAGAAAGGGCUUUAAUUACAAGCAAAAUAUAUGCAAUACCAAUAAUUUACAUCAAGCCUGAUCUGGACAAAUCAUUAAUAUCUAAAUUGAAAGAAAUCGUGAGAAAAAGGAAUGCCCAAGUUGCAGAAAAUGAAGAAAAUGCUACUCACAUAUGUUUUGACCUUGUUGAUCCUCUUGAGGAGGAAUAUGGUCGUCCGUUAUUCAAACGGGACAAAAUGGUUAUGAUGCAUUGGUAUUAUUUCCCUAGUUCAUUUGAUACUUGGGUUAAUAUGGAAUCUACUAUUGAUAAUAUGAAUAUGGAUAGUCCUAGUCCUCACGAUGGCCCAUGGAGAGUAUCUUUCAACUGGUUACUAGAUAGUGAUCAGUACAAUGAAUGGAUGCCUGAAGAAGAUUAUGAAGUAGAUGAACUUGGAAGGAAAAAGGUUCACCCCUUGAGGAUGUCCGUGGAAGACCUCAUGAACCCAUCAUCUGAUGAUAGAAACAGGAAGAAGCAAAAGAGAAAAAGAUCACCCUCACCACCUUCGAAAGUCAGCAAAAGGAAAAGUGGGAGAAGCCCAGCUAUUGGUAAGAAACAAAAAUCGGAUGAGGCAGAGCCUGAAGAUCUCACUAAGGAUAUGGAAGAGCCCACCCCUGAGCCUAAUAUUGUUGAGGUGAAUCCACCACCAGCUCCUGCCCAGCCUACGAAGAAGGAUCAUGAACUUCAGCCAUUGAAAGGUGGAUCAAUCACUGAUAUAGAAGAAGCUGAGGAGAAAUGUGAAGAUUCUCAAACUGGUAAAAAUAGUGAUACAACCAUUCAAGACGACGGUCAGGAAGAUAAUGUUACUGAGCAAACUCACCAUAUUAUAAUACCUUCUUAUUCUGCUUGGUUUGAUUAUAAUUCUAUUCAUGAAGUUGAGAAGCGUGCUUUACCGGAAUUUUUCAAUGGAAGGAACAAAUCAAAAACGCCAGAGAUAUAUUUAGCAUACAGGAAUUUCAUGGUUGACACUUACAGGCUAAACCCAACUGAGUAUAUAACUAGUACAGCUUGUAGAAGGAAUCUGGCUGGAGAUGUUUGCGCCAUUAUGAGAGUUCAUGCAUUCUUAGAGCAAUGGGGACUCAUCAACUAUCAAGUGGAUACAGAUUCAAGACCUACCCCUAUGGGACCACCUCCGACAUCUCAUUUCCACAUUCUAUCCGAUACUCCAUCUGGUUUACAACCUGUUAAUCCUCCUAAAACUCCUCAACCAAGCGCUGCUAAGACAUUACUUGACCUGGACAGAACGGCAGAGUCCAAGAAACCUGAGAAUGGUGAACCAAUAUCCAGUUUUGGUUUGAAAUUAGAUCAAUAUGCCAAAAAACCAGCAGCUUUGAGGAACAAGAGUGCAGCUUCUAUGACAAGAGACUGGACAGAACAAGAAACACUCCUCCUGUUGGAAGGUCUAGAAAUGUACAAAGAUGACUGGAAUAAAGUGUGUGAGCAUGUAGGCUCAAGAACUCAGGAUGAAUGUAUCCUCCAUUUCUUGAGACUUCCAAUCGAAGACCCAUACUUGGAAGAUCCUGAAGCAGGGGGUGCUCUGGGUCCUUUAGCCUAUCAACCGAUUCCUUUCAGUAAGGCUGGAAAUCCAAUAAUGUCCACUGUUGCUUUUCUAGCUUCAAUAGUUGAUCCGAGAGUAGCAGCAGCUGCAGCUAAAUCAGCUAUGAAUGAGUUUGCCAGUAUAAAAGAAGAGGUACCUGCAGCUGUUAUGGAUGCUCACUUGAAAAAUGUUGAAGCUUCCUCUGCAGAAGGAAAAUACGAUCCUGCUGCUAAUUUGGCAUUGACCAACAUAGCAGGAACUGUACCUGAUAAAGAAGAAGAAGACAAGAUCAAGAAGGAAGAUGUCAAGGAUGAAAAAACGGAGCAGAAGAAGAAUGGAGAUGAAAACGAAGAGAAGAGUGCAGAAAAAGAAAAAUCUGAACAGGCGGAAACAGAAAAAGAAGAGAAAAUGGACAUCUCCGAACCUAAAACUGAAAAAGUUAUGAUUAAAGAUAGUGAAAUGCAGAGUGCCGCCGCAGCAGCUUUAGCAGCGGCUGCUGUGAAAGCUAAACAUCUGGCAGCUGUUGAAGAGAGAAAAAUCAAGUCAUUGGUUGCCUUGUUGGUGGAAACACAGAUGAAAAAGCUUGAAAUAAAACUCAGACAUUUUGAGGAAUUAGAGACGACAAUGGAACGCGAGAGGGAAGGAUUGGAGUAUCAAAGACAACAGCUGAUAACAGAGCGACAGCAAUUUCAUUUGGAGCAACUGAAAGCAGCUGAAUUUAGAGCUCGACAACAAGCCCAUCAACGGCAACAAGCAGAGCAAGGACAAUGGGCCAAUCAAACUCAAUCAUCUCACCCUCCUCCAACUUCUGAACCUGGAUCUAGCAAUACACCUACCCCUCCUUCACCGCAAGCUUCUGCAGUAGCAUCUCCUGGUGCUCCGCACCACCACAUCUAAUUCAAUAUGAGGAAAAUAGAAUUUAUACAAUUGGAAUGUGCAUAAAUGCAUCAAUUUUCGUUUAAUGUUUGUAAUUUUCCCAUAUUUUUAUAUCUUGAAUUUCAUAUAAUUGUUAAAUAUAGUAUAUUUUAUAGUAUUAAGAUAUUUUGGUUCAUCUGAAUGAAAUCAUGAAGUAUUUUAUGGAAAAGUGUCAGGACUCGAAUUUGACUUAAACACUAGAAAAUUUUUCUUUGUCCAUUUUAAUUUAUUAUGGUGUGUACAUGCUACCUACCUAAUGAUUUAAUGAUUAAUUAUAUCAGUUUUGAUAA